CCGUACGCGCUGUGGAUGCUCAUCACGGUUCACGUGCUGUGUUACUACAGUUUGAAUUUUGGCGGGUUUUACGCCGCAGGUGACUCGGUUGGAUGGCAGACGUUCUUCAUCUUCUCAUUUUUCCUCACUCUUCCGCUGCAACUCGGGCCCAUCUCGCUCCUGAGCGCGCUCUCGUGCGCCGCUCACACUCUACUCCUAGGAUUCACCGUAUCGGAGAGACACAAACUGGAGAUCACUAUGCUGAUCAGACAGCUUGUGGCAAAUCUGAUGCUGUUUUUCGCUGCCAUGCUGGUGGGUGUGAUGUCAUAUUUUAUGGCCGACCGCAAGUACCGCACGGCAUUUCUAGAGGCCAAACAAUCUCUGGAAGUCAGUCUUACUCUGAAGGAGCAAGGUCAACAACAGGAAGAGUUGCUGUUGUCAAUCUUACCGAGGCAUAUAGCCGAUGAGAUGCUUCAGGGGAUGAAAAAAGGAGCCAAUCAAAAAACAGAUGCCCAACAGUUCAACACAAUGUACAUGUACCGCCAUGAAAACGUCAGUAUACUUUUUGCAGAUAUUGUGGGUUUUACUCAGCUGUCAUCUGUCGUCACUCCUAAAGAACUCGUCAAACUACUUAAUGAACUCUUCGCUCGCUUCGACAAACUUGCAGCACAACAUCAUCAGCUAAGGAUCAAGAUUUUGGGAGACUGUUAUUACUGUAUCUGCGGCUUGCCAGAUUAUAGAGAAGACCAUGCAGUCUGCUCCAUCAUGAUGGGUCUGUCUAUGGUGAAAGCCAUCUCUUACGUGCGGGAGAAAACUAAGACGGGGGUGGACAUGCGUGUCGGUGUGCACACGGGAACAGUUCUGGGUGGAGUACUGGGACAGAAGCGCUGGCAGUUUGAUGUCUGGUCAACUGAUGUUACUGUGGCAAACAAGAUGGAGUCAGGGGGCAUCCCUGGGCGUGUGCACAUUUCUCAAAGCACAAUGGACUGUUUGCACGGUGAGUUUGAGCUGGAGCCUGGUGAAGGAGGGGAACGCUGUGACUAUCUGAUGGAGAAAGGCAUUGACACGUACCUGGUGCUUGUGCCCACAAACAGAACUGUGUUAAAUGGCGUGAGCAACGGUGCAGUGAGUGUCGUGAUAUUUACUCUUACUAUGAUCACCACCACAGAAACCAGUGGCAGUACCACAUCAAUAAAAAUGAUCACUGAGGACACAGAAACACAGCAGUUUCAGGAGAGCAGUGAGACAGAUGAAAUGAUUUCUGAAGAACAGGAUCUGAGUCAUCUUCUGAAUGAAGUUCUGUUGGACAGAGAAACAGAAGAGACUGAGGAGGAGAAGAGGACCGGCGUCCUGUCUCUGAGGUUUGUGGAUCCUGACCUUGAGUUGCGUUACUCUGCAGAGAAAGAGAGACGGACAGGCCCUGCAUUCGCCUGCUGUUGUGUCGUUCUGAUCUUCACCUCUGCUAUGGAAAUCCUCAUCGACCCACAGUUGAUCGUGAAUUAUGUGACUCUGGCUGUGGGUGAGAUUUUACUUCUGAUCCUGACUCUGUGUUCAAUGGCUGCCAUCUUCCCACGUGUGUUCCCACGAAGACUUGUAUCGUUCUCACACUGGAUUGACCGCACGCGUUGGGCUCGUAACACUUGGGCGAUGGCGGCCAUAUUUGUUCUCACCAUGGCUGAAGUGGCUGAUAUGCUCAGCUGCGUUCAGCCUCCUCUGGUGCUGUUGAACUCCAGCUCUGGUGUAACUCUUGAGUCUCUGGGUGAUGGUGGAUGUGCAGAAAACCCCAAAUACUACGGUUAUAUAUCCGUGCUGUCGCUAAUAUCAUCUGUUAUGCUUGUGCAGCUCAGUCAUGUCGUCAAACUGGCGCUCAUGAUGUUGGUUACCAUAGCAACAGGUGCCGUCAAUAUCCACAGUUGGAUGUAUAUUUACGACAUCUACGAUUUUAUUCGCUACCUGGAAUACAGGUAUUCUGUGGUUCCCACCCGAUAUCUUUUGAGUGUGAUGAUUAUCGUUAUGAUGAUAAGUCUCUACUACUUUGCUCGCCAUGUGGAAAAACAGUCUCGUAAACUGUUUCUGUGGAAGAUCCAGGUUCACGAUCAGAAGGAGAAGGUGUACGAAAUGAGAACAUACAACGAAGCAUUGGUCACGAAUAUGCUUCCAGAUCAUGUGGCCAAACAUUUCCUUGGCUCCAAGAAACGAGAUGAGGAGCUGUACAGUCAGUCAUACGAUGAGGCCGGCGUGAUUUUUGCCUCUAUUCCGAACUUUUCUGACUUUUACACCGAAGAGAGUAUAAACAACGGAGGAUUAGAAUGCCUGCGAAUCCUCAACGAGAUCAUUUCCGACUUUGACAGCCUGUUGGAUCGAUCCGAGUUCCGCCACAUCACAAAGAUCAAGACCAUCGGCAGCACGUACAUGGCCGCAUCCGGGGUGACACCAGAGAGUAACACCAACGGAUACGAGAACCGCAAGGUGGAGGAGCAGUCGCUGUUAGACCGAUGGCAACACUUCUCAGAUUUGGCAGACUUUGCUCUGGCUAUGAAAGUCAUACUUGGAAACCUGAACAAACAAUCGUUCAAUAACUUCAUGCUGCGUAUAGGUCUGAAUAAGGGAAGCGUGUUAGCCGGAGUGAUUGGCGCUCGUAAGCCUCAUUUUGACAUCUGGGGAAACACUGUGAAUGUCGCCAGUCGUAUGGAGUCCACGGGUGUUAUGGGUAACAUACAGGUGGUGGAGGACUGCUAUCACAUCCUAAAGGAAUAUGGCUUCCGGUUCGUCAAACGAGGACCCAUCUAUGUUAAAGGAAAAGGAGAACUGCUCACUUACUUCAUGAAGGGCAAAGACAAACCUGUCACAAAAACAGCCGUGGUCUCUUUGCCACAUCAGACACUAGACAAAUCCUGAGAGGACAGGAGAACACAAGGACAUUGACAUUUUCUUUUGUGAUUUUCUACAUUUUAUGGAUAGAGACAGUAGAAUGAGAAACAAGGAAAAUAUUGAAAAAAAAAGAAGAGUGGAAUCUGCACAGGACAUCAUUCAGACCAAAAUCAAACCUGUGUCUUUCAAAUGAACCAUCUGGCGCAACAUGAAAUCAUUUUCAAAUCACAUUUUAAUGACAUAAAUGAUAAACAUAGAAAAAGACAUAAAAAAAGUAAAGGAUGCUGAUAUAUUUUCCUAAACAAUGACAUGAAAAUGUGACCUCACAGUGGGAAUUCUGAAGUGAUGAUGACAUAUAGGCCUACUAUGUAGCCUACAUUAUGAAUCGUCAUUUUCAUUGAACAAUUUCAUCAGGAGAUAUCAGCAAAACAAAGGAAAUGGAAAAUACAUAUAAAUAUUUUGAAAUGGAGAAAAAUGGAAGUAUGAGAAUACAUGGAAAAAUUGUCAGUAAUUUUACAUUUUAGAUGUAGCACAAACUUAAAGGUCACAAAAUGUUCUCUUAUGGUAGCAUAAACAAAAUGCACAUUUUUCUCAUUUUUUUAUUUUUAUUUUAUCUAAUGAUCAGCUUUAACCAUGAACAUUGCAAUGAGACCAUAUUCAUAUUGACAUCAGGGUCUUUUUUCUUAAAGCUCAUAGCUUUGCAAUAGUCAUAUAUUCAAGUUUAUCACAUCACAGCUGUCUGAUAUACUUUAAAGGCCCCCUAUUAUGUUUUUUACAAGAUGUAAUAUAAGUCUCAGGUGUGCCCAGAAUGUGUCUGUGAAGUUUCAGCUCAAAAUACCCCACAGAUCAUUUAUUAUAGCAAAAACGCGCUGUUUUAAUGUCUGUACCUUUAAAUGCAAAUGAGCUACAGCUUCUCACUUCCUUACAAACAGACAGUGAGCGCUUUCAAUUAAAAGAGAUCUGAUUAAUAAAGUCUGAGACAAAAGUGUCUAGUGGACAUAGUACAACUCGAUAAGGGUGGAAACUAUGGUAAUGCAGGACUGUAAGUGGGUGGGGCUUUAUCAAUGUGACCUCAC